CUUCCGGUUUACACGAGAAUCGAUCACGUGAUCAUAGUGGUGGGAGACGGUGUGUAUAUCGAGCGAAUACGCCUUGCGUCAAAGUCUGAAAGCCACGAAGCUCGAUGUCAGUGCCAGCUGAGCGUUGAUACAGGCAAGAAUUCACGACGAGACCAUUUUGGAACGUGUGUCGCUCACACAGUGGUAUUCUAUCUAUAUAAGAGAGUAAUAAAUCGGAGCUUUUAGAGCUGUAACAAAUCAUGUUUACGAACAUUGACGAGUGUUAUAUUGAAAUUUUGCGGCUUGUGAAACAGGCUGGUUCGAUUAUCAAUGAAAAGAUUCAUCAACACAAAGAUGUACUCACAAAAUCAUGCGACGUCGAUUUAGUUACAGAAUGGGAUCAAAAGGUAGAAAAACUUUUAAUCAACGGAAUAUCAUCCAAGUAUCCUGAUCAUAAAUUUAUCGGCGAAGAAAGUACUGCCAUGGGCGAGAAGAUAGAACUAACAAAUGCGCCAACCUGGAUAAUCGAUCCGAUCGAUGGCACGAUGAAUUUUGUUCAUGGUUUACCGCACACGUGCAUAUCAAUUGCGUUACUUAUUAAUAAAACGACGGAAAUAGGAAUAAUAUAUAAUCCAGUUUUGGAGCAGCUUUUCACCGCUCGUAAGGGUCAGGGUGCAUUUCUUAAUGGUGCUCCGAUUCACGUGUCGGACAAAAAAGAAUUGCGUAAUUCACUGAUAAUGCUAGAAAUGGGAACGAGCAGAGAUCCGGAAAAAUUGGAAGUAAUAUUGCAAAAUAUAAGAAUCCUUACAGAACGUGCCCAUGGACUGCGAGCGCUUGGUUCAGCGGCUUUGAAUAUGUGUAUGGUAGCUCUUGGUGGUGCUGAUGUUUAUAUCGAAUUUGGUAUACACGCAUGGGAUAUUGCAGCCGGAGAUCUUAUUAUUCGAGAAGCAGGCGGUGUGUCGAUAGAUCCAGCAGGAGGUCCAUUUGAUGUAAUGAGUAGAAGAGCACUAUGUGCAUCAUCGAUUGAAGUAGCUCAAGAAAUGGCUAAAAUAUUAAUUCAAUAUUAUCCAGAACGAGAUUAAGAAGCUUCAAAAUUUUGUAUGAAAGAUGAGAACGAAUUUAUAUUUAUACAAAUGUCUAAUUGGAUAUAGGCAAAUAUUACUUCCUAAAAGUAAGAAAAGUAAAUUGAAGAUGUAUUAUAUAUAUAAAAAAUUGCAUA